AUGAGGGCAGAGCAGUUGCCCGUGGUGGCAGAGCUGGAGUCUGAGGAGGCCGAGGUCGGGGUCGUGGACUUCUGGCGGAUUCGGGAGAGUGCAGCACCAAUUGUGGCGACUGCAUCAGUGACCCAGUCAGUAUCUUUGCCGGGUGAAGCCAGCUUGGAUGCUAGUGCUAGUGUGGGAGUGGGGGCGGCCCCAGGUGGCGGUGCUGAUGCAGCAUACAGGAUGAGUACAAGUAAUAAAUCCCUAAAACACAAAUAUAGUUGCAAGUGCACAAUAUGUAAUCAUAGUACAAUUUGUCUUCAGCUCCUCUACUUCUCCUCUGGACAUCUUGGCAUCUCUUAUCUAAAGAGAUGUGCAAGUCUCGGAUUGAUGCCUUCACUUAAUUUUGCCCUUCCACCAACAUGA